GUGGAAUUCCUCCUCCCAACUUGGCUCUUCCACGCGGGCAGGAAGGGGAUCUCCCAGGUGCCGGAGACCCUCGCACCCGAGCCUCCCCCUACGCCCCCGCCGGCUCCGCCGCCUGAGCUGGGAAAGAAGAAAUAGGGGAUGGGGGACCCGGAGGCGCCAUUGGGAGGGUCGUGGGAGGAGCCCGGAGAGGACGUGGGUGGGGGGCUGGAGGGGAAUGACGGCGGCCAGAACCCCGGUGGGGCGGGGCGGGCCCGCGCGUCCCGGUCGGGCUGCGGCGGAGCGAGCUGGGCCAGCGCUGCAGAAGGCGGCUGGCUCUCCCGGACGGUCACAUCCCGCUGCAGGGGCGGGCGGAGGCCGCCGCACUGCCUCCCGCACCGCGGACCAGGGCCAGCGUCCGGGCAACGCCCCCUGCUCCGGGACAGACUUUCCGCCCGCCCGAGCUCUGGGGGCUCCGAAGACCCGCGCCCGCUCGGCAGGCAGCUCGGCCCCGCGCUGCCCGCCUCGCCGGGCCCGCGCCAAGAUGGGGUAGGGGCAGCGCCACCGAGUCGGGCGAUGGGCCGCCCUCUGGGCACCGAGCAGCCCCCGGAGGCCUGACCGACCGCGAGGACCGGCGGAGGAGCCCCGUCUGGAUGUCAAGCGGAUGCCCCAGUGCCCCCCCAGCGGACUCGGUGGGGACAUGGCUUCGCUGUUGCCCCUUUCCCCAUAUCUAAGCCCCACGGUCCUCCUGCUGGUCAGCUGUGACCUGGGCUUUGUGCGAGCAGACCGGCCUCCCUCUCCUGUGAAUGUGACGGUCACUCACCUCAGAGCCAACUCGGCCACUGUGUCCUGGGACGUCCCAGAAGGCAACAUCGUCAUUGGCUACUCCAUUUCCCAGCAACGGCAGAAUGGCCCCGGGCAGCGUGUGAUUCGGGAGGUGAACACCACCACCCGGGCUUGUGCCCUCUGGGGCCUGGCUGAAGACAGUGACUACACAGUGCAGGUCAGGAGCAUCGGCCUUCGGGGAGAGAGCCCCCCAGGGCCCCGGGUGCACUUCCGAACUCUCAAGGGUUCUGACCGGCUACCUUCAAACAGCUCAGGCCCAGGUGACAUCACAGUGGAGGGUCUUGAUGGAGAGCGACCACUGCAGACUGGGGAAGUGGUCAUCAUUGUGGUGGUGUUGCUCAUGUGGGCUGCUGUAAUUGGGCUGUUCUGCCGUCAGUAUGACAUCAUCAAGGACAACGACUCCAACAACAAUCCCAAGGAGAAGGGAAAGGGACCGGAACAGAGUCCUCAGGGAAGGCCAGUGGGGACAAGACAGAAAAAGUCACCAUCCAUCAACACCAUCGAUGUUUGAGGGAAGAAACACACCCAGAAGAGAGAUGCACUAAGAACUUGGGGAUGGGGGUGGGGUCAGGGAAAGCCCAAGAUGGUGAUCUGCUGGAGACUCUCAGAGGGUAAUGACACUCCCACAAUCUCAGGCCUGGUACCCAUCCUCUUUCCACUGUGAGCAGAGCCAGUCUGUUAAGAGUCUGUGCCCCUGGACCUGGGGAGCGGAUAUCAGAUGGGAUAUCUCCUCCCAUCCCCUGGUCCAGGGGAGAGUCACUUGUUCUACCCUAACCCAUUAGGUCCCAAAUGGGGGCCCCAUUCCACCUGUAUCAGGACUCUCAGCAUCCCCAGCUGCCCCCACAUCUUGCCUCUGGGCCUCAGAGAGGGGUGUUUCUGUGGGUACUCCUCUUUCCCCAGCAAACAAAAGGAAUUGUCGCAGCCUAGAGGCAGAUGCUGCACUGCACUACUCCAAUGUCUUCCAUGGAGCCUCAGGUGCUCCCCCUCUCACCUGGCAGCCCCUUCAGCUGCCAGUGAUCUCACUCCUUGGACAUUUUUCCAAUAAAGGUUCUUGGACAAACUGGA